AUGCAGCAAGCAGACGAGGAGGCACGCCGCCAGAUCACCGAACCGGAGGAAGCUCGAGAGCCAAAUCUAUGGUUACGUCGCGUAGGGUGGGUCGAGCAUUUAGGAGCGUUUGAUCGGAAGGAAUUGCGGGAAUUGGUUGCCCCCGUCAAGGACGACGAGCUAGAGUUGGACGUAUUAUGCAAGGCGUUUGAUUGGUUGAUUCAAGACGCACAGUAUCAUUGCAUUCGACCGGUGGUUGGGUUAGAGGCAUUGUUUGAGGCGAACCGGAAAGAGGUAGACAAAGACAUCCGGAUGCCGUUUAAUAGUUGGAUAGACAUCACCACCGUGAAGGCGUACACAGAAGUGUAUAAGCAGUUGUUACGUUAUAUAUUCCGGUCCAAAGACAUUGAGCCCGAGAAGCGGCCGGGGUACGAGUUAACGGAAAGACAGCAGAUGUGUAUGGAAGACGUGUGGACGAGUAUUGAGGAAUUUGUAUGGUGGAAAGAGGAGCAGGCGGGAGGUUCUAGACGCGGGGUAGUGCAGGAGGGAGAAUCAGACGAAGAGAUCGAGUGGAUGGGCCGGAUUUAG